CCGCCAGCAGCACCGCGCGUCAUGGCGCCCCAGCGGUACAUCCCGAGCAGCUCAGCCGCGAUUCAGAGCGAGACAGCCGCUGGAGCGGCGCCGCGGGGUCCCUUCUACGGAGAACCACACAAGUUUGAUCCUUCCUUCAGAGGACCAGUCCACCGAAGAAGCUGCACAGAUGUCUUAUGUUGUUUGAUCUUCAUCAUUGUCAUCCUCUCAUAUAUGGCCCUGGGAAUAGUGGCCUGGUUACAUGGAGACCCCAAGAAGGUGCUCCAUCCAACAGACAGCUAUGGCCAGUUUUGUGGUCAGAAGGGGACUUCCAAUGCGAAGAAACCCAUCCUUUUCUAUUUCAACAUGUUGAAAUGUACCAACCCAGCUAUUCUCAUCAACCUACAGUGUCCCACAACUCAGAUGUGUGUAUCAAAGUGCCCAGACAAGUUUGCCACCUACACUGAGAUGCAACUGCAACACAAACUCAGCAAGAGUCACUGGGAAUAUUACAGACAGUUCUGUAAGCCUGGCUUUAAUAACCCUGGCAAGCCAGUAUCUCAGGUUCUACGAGAUGAGGACUGUCCCUCCAUGAUUGUGCCUAGUAGACCAUUUUUCCAGAGAUGUCUACCAGACUUCAUCACUCUGAAUGGGACUGUGACUAUAGCUAAUAGAACCAAUUUUAAAGAUGAUCGAGAAGUGACGCGCAAUGUUACUGAACUCCAACAUGCAGCAAAGGGGUUAACUGCACGACUGGACACUGAGGAGCAUGGCAAGAAGAUAGUGGAAGAUUAUGCCAACUCAUGGGCAUGGAUACUCGUAGGUCUGCUGUUAUCCUUGGCUGUUAGUCUGGUCUUCAUCCUGUUGCUGAGGUUCACAGCUGGGUUGCUGCUGUGGACUACCAUCGUCACCAUUAUACUGCUGCUGGCAUACGGCAUGUGGUGCUGCUCCGUUGAGUUGUCCCAGCUCAGGCACAGAGCAGGCUCUGAUGUUGCCAUUGUAGAAGUCGGCCUGCAGACCGACCUGCAGGUGUAUCUACAGCUCACACAGACAUGGAUCAUAUUAAUGGUAUCUCUGGGAGUGACAGAGGCUUCCAUCUUGUUGAUGUUGAUCUUUCUAAGAAGAAGAGUCCAAGUGGCUAUCGCCCUGCUUAGAGAGGCAAGCAAAGCCAUUGGUCACAUCAUGUCCACGCUAUUCUUUCCAGUCAUUACCUUUCUCUUGUUGACUGUUUGCAUCUUCUACUGGGUGAUUACAGCUGUUUACCUAGCAUCCUCAGGUGAAGCCAUCUACAAAGUUACGUCUCCUGAUGUGGGCUGCCCCUAUGCCAACAGCACUUGCAAACCUGAGACCUUUAACAGAACCAACGUCUCCACGGUAGCACAGUGUCAGGGUUCUCAGUGUCUGUUUGCCUUCUAUGGUGGGGAGACGUUCUACCACCGCUACCUCUUCCUGCUGCAGCUGUCCAACCUGUUGGUCUUCCUCUGGCUGGUCAACUUCAGCUUGGCCCUGGAGCAGUGUACCCUGGCUGGGACAUUUGCUAGUUACUACUGGGCCAAGAGGAAGCCUCAAGAUAUACCACCGUGUCCACUCUUUUCAUCAUUCAGCAGGGCUAUCAGGUAUCACACAGGCUCUUUGGCAUUUGGAGCACUAAUUCUUUCAGUUGUCCAACUGGUCCGGAUCAUACUGGAAUACCUGGAGCAGAAAUUAAAUGGUGUUAACAACAGCCUGUCCAGGUUCAUAAUGCAUUGUCUGAAAUGCUGUUUCUGGUGUUUGGAGAAAUUAAUUCGCUAUAUGAACCGUAAUGCUUAUAUCAUGGUGGCGAUCUACGGCAAGAACUUAUGUACCUCAGCUAGAGAAGCCUUCUUUCUAUUGAUGAGGAAUGUUGUCAGGGUCACAGUUCUGGACAGAGUGACUGACUUUCUGUUGUUUCUGGGCAAAGUGCUGAUAGCAGGAGGAGUUGGUGUUGUUGCAUUCUUCUUCUUCACCAGAAAGAUCCCUGUUAUCCAAGAGGACGUGCCCAAUCUCAACUACUACUGGGUCCCCAUACUGACGGUGGUGAUAGGUGCCUACCUGAUUGCUCAUGGAUUCUUCAGCGUCUAUGCCAUAUGUGUUGAUACACUCUUCCUCUGCUUCUGUGAUGACUUGGAGAGGAAUGAUGGUAGUUCAGAAAAACCUUUCCUCAUGUCCCCAGAGCUGCACAGAAUUCUGGGAAAAUCCAGUCAGUUGCAUUGAUAUCCUGUCCUCCAAUCUACUGUAUCAGCAGACAGUCUUGUCAGGCUUUAUCAAUCUGUGUGAGACAAACAAUCCUGGAAAGACAUCACCGAGCCAACGCCAAGAGACGUCAAGGUCCCACACACAAACAUAUACAAUGACACCCUGAUGCGCCAAUGCAGCAGGGUCCUUAGAAGUAAGCUCACAAGUGAGAAGAACAUUGCUUUGCAUUAAGAUUCACUGUAUGAAAAAAAAACCUUUUUAUAUGCUGUGUGUUUUGACUGAAUAUUAAAUAAAACUUAAAAGUUUGUAAAAGUUUUGAGGUGUAAGGGACUGUAGAGGCUCAAACGAUAAUUGUGAUUAAAAUCCUUCACUUUGUCCCACAGUAUUUGGGUGAUCCCAAUUUCAAAAAAAGGUGGAAAACUGUAUAAAAUAUAAAUAAAAACAGAAUGCAAACAUUCGCACAUCAACUAUGUUUAUCAACAAAAUCUUUCCAAAGUGAGCCCGUAACGAAAAGAUGAUUUUCUUUUUCAAUGUAAAGCCAAGGUUUGUUUUGAGAUACAGUUUCAAACAAUUGACACUACCUGGAUAACGCCCUGUUAAUUUUU